AUGUCACAAUACAAUGGAGCCUUUGGAUGCCCAUAUUGUCUUCAUCGCGGUGAAACAGUAAAAACCAGUGAAAGAGGGCAUACCAGAGCAUACCCUUUUCAUAUAAAAGGCCGGCAAAAUGAUGAAAGGAUACAAGAAUCACACCUGACAGCCAUGACUUUUGAGAGAAGAACUCAUCAGCAAACCCUAAAAUUUGCCAAAAAGGCUCAUAGUCUCAGAGCCAGUGGUAAAUCAAGUUCAUCAGUUAAGGGUGUAAAAGGAAUGACUUGGAGUAUGCUUUUUUCAGGCUUUGAUAUUAUCAAUGGUGUUACCAUUGAUUAUAUGCAUUGCAUAUUGCUUGGUAUUACUAAAAUGCUGUUGACACUUUGGACAGACAAAUCCUAUUCAGCUAAUCCAUGGCAUGUUGGGUCAGACAAGUUGAAGAAACUGGAAGAAAGGUACUUAGCAAUCAAGCCCCAAAUGUGA